CGUGGUUUAUUUUUCCUUUACCCUAGCUCAGGAUGUCAAAAUGGCGGCUCGCUUGCAUAGCGUGCUAAGACUGGGGUCGACUGUUUCGUCUGGUGUCUUAUUCACCAUCUUUCGUGCAGAACAGCUUCCUUUCCAGACUUGGCAUAAGAAUUUGCAUCUUGUUAAGCCCAUUUCAAGCUUAUUUUGCACAUCCGCUAACAAAAAUCCUUUUGACAAUACAGAGCGUUACAAGGAAAAGCCCUGGGAAUAUUUUGAAAGUGAAGAAUAUAUAGAAAAAUAUGGUAACCGUCCAAUUUGGGCUGAUUAUCGAAGAAACCAUAAGGGUGGAAUUCCACCCCAGAAGACACGUAAAACUUGUAUUAGAGGAAAUAAAAUCAGUGGCAACCCCUGUCCUGUAUGCAGAGAUAAAAAUAUAAUUAUGGACUACAGAAAUAUCAAGCUUUUAGAUCAGUUUAUCAGCAGUCACACAGGAGUAAUACAUGAUGCAACCAAAACUGGAUUAUGCAGAAAGCAGCAGAAAUCCUUAGUAAAAGAAAUUGAGAAAGCCAGAGGUCAUGGUCUAAUUCCCUAUCGAGUUCCUUUUGUGGAAUUCAGGAUUGAAAACUAUACCAAUCUGCAUAGUGCCGUCAACAAAACUCCAAGUGCACCUGGAGUGAAUGAGAACACGUCGUGGUACUUUUGGUAUGACUGGAAUGAACCGCCUGAGAAAGAAAUUGCAAAGCUGCAUAAAAUCUACCAUAAAUAUGUGAAGGAGACGUCCAACUAGUGUACUCCUGUUGAAACAUUGAUGAUUUCAUGGGUCAAACUGUGCAGCCACUAAAAUACGAUUUUGAAUCCGUAGAUGAAAGAUACAAAUUUUAAAGGACUUAUUUAAAUUAAUUUUUUUUUUUGGAUGCAUAUGUCAUGGUUUUUUCUCUCAUCAUUUGUACAUAAAUACAAAUAUAACACCAGUU